UCUUUGCAUCCGUUGAGACCACGCGAACGUCAAGCCCGAUUCUGUCAGGAAUUCCGUGUGACUCUUCAGCCGUGUUCGCGGUGACGCGCAUUUCGCGAAUUCAAUAUUUGCCCAUAGGGAGGGGGUUGUAUUUGUUUUGUGUUCUGAAGUGGGUGGAAGAGGUCAAAGAGUGAGUCAUAUUUCUGGUCUAUCUGCAGUGUGUCUGUGAAAUUCUAAAAUCACUGACGAUUUCCGUGCCCACAAUGCUGAUAGGGUGUCCGGUGAUUUGUCCACAUCGCACCACGAAGGAAUUUCUGUGAUUAUUCAUCCCGUCGCUGAGCAACUAGCCACAUUCAUGCUGCGAAGUAAAUUGCUCUCGUUGCUCGAGUUCAUCAUUUAGUUUGAGGCUUUUUGCAUACACCAUGGUUCUGGGUCGAAGCACUCUCGCUUAGAAUUUCAUGUUCACAUUUAUACUAAAAAAAAAAUGCUCUUGUAGAAUGUACCAAGACUUACAGGAAAUCAAUCUGAAUCUUCAGGAAAAUUCACACACAUCGCCCAUCAAGUGCGAGAAAUUCUUCUCUUCCAUGGGCAAGUGCAUAUCGAAGGUCUCCACCGGAAAAUCACCAAAUAGCUUUGGAAGUACACAGCAUUUGGCCCUCUCGGAGAAAAGUUUCGACGGUUCUAGUAUCAAUGAGGGUCAAUCAGAAAGUAAGAAAAAUAGCAAGAAGGAGCGUGCAAAUGGCAGUGUGGAGACCAAAGGUACGGCAAUGUCCUUUGGCUUCCGCAAGAAAUCCGCUCCGACGGGUGGGAAAAAGAAUGGCAAUGUCAGCACUAAGGAGAAAGAGAAGAUCACUGGAGAGGAUAUGGCAGUGACUGUGAUAGGAAAUCGGAGUGUGCUCAAAUCAAAUCUCAUCGAGAACGACAAGAAUGGCAAUUCAGGAUCAAGAGACUCUCUCGAUGAGGCUAUUCAGACGGGAAGAUCAACCCCAAGACUUUCGGCUCCGAAAAAAGAAAUCGCCGGGACAAAUUACAGAAGCAAUCGCUUUGGUUUUCGCCAGAGCAAUGUUGUGAGACCUGCAUCGACGGGACUUACGCCAAAAAUUGCAGAGUUCGACAGCAAUUCUAACAAUAAUUUCACAGAUAAGCGUCGCUCAAAGAGUGCUUCGGGAAGUGCAUCAGCACGAUCAUCCACCCAGAUCAAUGAGAUGCAUCAGAAAGUGACAAAUCAGCCGCAAAAUCCCAAAAUAGCCACUGCAUCGAAUCAUCAGAAUCAACAGAGUCUCCGAGCGGCAUUCUUCGAGGCGCAACCAAAGACCACCGCCGUACGCACAGGAUUCCACACGAAUGACAUUAUUCGGCCGACUCCGCAACUGCCUGUUGUGCCCACAGUGACCAAGUUCACUCUCCAUACGGCCAAUCUUCCGCGUCCUCAAGUUCCCGUACCCAUCAGUCUCACAACAAAAGCCAUGGACUCCAAGGGUGCUAAGCAAGCCCUCAACACCAGUCGUCGAUCGUUUUUCGCAGGAACAGCCAGCCGGGAUACAUCUCUUGACUCUGGUAUUUCCAGCUAUGAUAGCAGUCACAAUGCCCCAGGUACCAGGAAGGCCAGAGUUCGCCAGAGGAAUCUAGAAGUAGUCAUGAAUGGCCGUCAUACCUUCCAAGUCCGUGAUCUCGAUGACUCCCUCUCAGAUGAGACUAUCGUGCCCCUGGCUCUGCCUAAACUUCCCAGCGCUUUUCAGGCUUCUCGUCAACCGGCACCCACAAGUGGUCUCAUUCGCAUUGAUCAGCCCAACUAUCGGGAAUUCCAUAGGGAUUCCGGAUCACCUCCCAGAAAGCCCUCCAUUCCAUCAGAUAUUGAGAGCCUGGAGGAAGAUGGGGAAGAAGGUAAACUCUUCCGCGAUAAGGCUGCAUCAGAGAAGAAAGGAUCUCAAGUUGAAGCCAUUAAAGACUUCUCACCGAGCAGUAAGCAAUCCUCUCCAGGCAGUUCCCGAGCAUCCUGGGGUCAUGGUGGAGAGUCUAUGGCUCACAAAGACUUCAGCAGUCUCAGCCUUAGUAGCGAUGACAGCAAGGAGCCGGCUCGUGUGUCAUCAAUCGUCAUCAAGGACGAAGAUAUCACGUCAAUCACUUUCACCCUCGAUCAACCACUCUCUUCAGCAAAUGACUACUUACCCCCAUAUCGUGUGAUCAGAGAUGCUCCGCCAAGAGAGGACUCUCUGACUCUUCGUGAGGAUACACAAUUCGCUGAGAUGGCAGCUGCUGUUAGCGAUAUUCUGCUGGACGAUGAAACAUCGCCAACAGACAGCUUGGUCAGCAGUUGCACGGAUACGGAUGAACUCAUGAAGAAGAACUCUCACGCCAAAAGGAAGUCGCCAGAUGGGGUAAAGACUAUUCGAGAUCUUGAGAAGGACAUCGACGAGAUCUCACCGGAAUUGGACGAUAUUAAUCUCAUCAGUCCAGUAAUGGUUGGUACACCAACUCAUGCUUCCACCUCACUCUCACUCUCCGAAGCUGGCAGGGACUUCUUAAUCGACGAUGAGAUAGCUGAUCAACCAGCACUUGUCUUCAAUGAUCAGAAUGAAACCGCCUCAAACAUGCAAGCAUCAACUGCAGACACAGUGACUCUGCAUGAGGUGAAUUCUGUGGAGAACUUGGGGGAUUUGGCAGCCAGCCUAACUCAAUCUGGCCAGAAGCACCUCAGCAAUUGCUCAGCUGCGUCAGUCAACAGGACGCCAAGACGUAUCCCACGUUCUGAAUCACUGGACACUCUGUCCCCGUGCGAAUCCAUUGCCUCAGAUGAUCUCAUGAUAGAUUACCAGAGCCAAUCGAGUCUGGAUUCUGUGGACAGAGUGGCCAGGUCAAAUGGCAGUGGUGGAAGUGGCUCAGCUCUGCACUCCAUGGACGAGAAUCAGCUGUGGUCAGAACUGGAGGCUCAGGGUGGGGAACUUCUGAGGGAAUGGAGCAGUCUCUUGCGCGUCAAUGGCACCAAGCCCAGUACCAGGGACAGCAUAACAUCUCAACUUCCGGCAAGAGCGACGCGCCUUCUCAACCGCUCACGCCUUCAGAGCACCAUUAGUACCGCCGGAUCGGACAGCCCGCGCUCCCUGGACGGAGUUCCGCGACGAACACAAUCACUGUCCAAGACCAAUUCCCCACAUCUCUUCCGGGAGUCUGACUCUUGCUCUCCCGACGGUAUCUACAUGGACAAGUCGAUGCGCAACUCCAUGAUCCAGGACAUUGUGUACUUUAAGAAGCAGCUGCUUCGUCUCAAAUGUCUGCUGCAGGAGGACGAAGGCAAUUUGAAGAUGGGCGAACCUCUCAACUCAUUUGAACACAACAAUGGGCAGAUCUUCGCUUCCUGCGCACCAGACAGUAACCUAGGCAGCCUCUCGAGUCUCCAGAGUGAAUCAGCAUCCGAAGAUCCUCGUCAGGAAAUGGCGGAACUGAGAAGACAGGUGGUUUUCCUUCAGACUGAACUCGAUGAUAGAGACAGAACGAUAAAGAUUCAGAAGAACAUAAUUGCCAAGUAUGAGGCGGAAAAACUAAAGAGCAGAAAUAAUGCUAAUACAGUAGAAAGUGCUACGCAAACUGAAAGGGUUAAACCAAUUUCAACUGUAGCACAAGAUCAAAUAUCUAGAACUGAAUCAAAUGGAAUGUCCCAGAAUUCUCAGCGUUGCAUCACCACAACCACUUCCAUCUCCUUCAAGAGCCCCACAAAAUGCAACUCCGUGAAACCAGUCAAAACAACUCCAAUUGGAAAUGUGACUAACAUGGCCAAUUCUCAGAAGUACGUGAGAAGUUUCAGCGUGGAUGAUGGUCUGGCGGGAAAAUGUAGUGCAAAUAAAAAUGGGCGAAUCUCUUCGGGGCCUCUAUCCCUGCCCAUGGUCAAUGGUAAUCGUAAAAUUCCCAUUUUAACCUCGACUGUGAAGAAUCCACAUGCCAGAGUUCCACGAUCUUCACUAUCAUCAUCUCGCAGUGACUCAGUCAACAGUAGUUCGUCGAGUCUCAACGAGAAUACAGAUAGAAAAUCCCUCCCCGUGAAAAUUCUCACGUCUGUAGCCAAGUGAGGAGAGGUCUAGUAGAGGCUUUUAUUUUACAUUGUGAUACAAGACAGCCCCCCAUGAGGAGCCUGGGAUUGGGAGUGGAGAAAACAAAUAUCUUCCACUCCAAAGAGAACUCAAUACUGAAUCACAGUUAAUACAAAUUGCUAUAGCAUUUAUAAAUUAUUUAGAUGAGAUAUAUUGAAGUAAUUGUUAGUUAAAUUAAUAUAUAUAUUUUUAAUAGUUUUAAGCUUUUUCCUCAAGGACUAUUAUUCUUCCCUCCUUUUUAUUUAUAUUGAUAAAAGACAUUUAAAAAAACACCUUUUCACCGUAGAUUAAAUUCUUGUUUCCCUUCCAUUUCUGUCAAAGUUAGAGCUCUGCAUAAUGUAUUUAUCGAGAAUGUAUAAAUUCUUCAGUUCAAAAUAUAAACUCAAAUAAUACUUAAGCUGAAA